AUGAGUAACGAAAUUCAAAACCAAUCUGAUGCUGUUGAGCAGCCCGUCGCCCAGCAGGAGGCUCCCAAGGUUAUUCCAACUUAUGAGGACGCCUUCCCGCAACUCGGCGGUGGAUCUGCUCCAGCUCCGGGUGGUGCUUGGAUCAACCGUGCUAAUGUGAAACCGAUUAAAAGCUCAAUCACCUCCGUACGAUUCGACAUUCCGCUUGAAGAACGACGUUUCCGUCCCGGAUUGAACGAAGGAUUUGGAAAGGGUACCUCUGCUGACCAAGGUCGAGCCGAAGUGCUUAAGAUUAUGAAAGCUACCAAGACCGAGAUCGAGUAUUCGCAGCAACGAGAUGGAUCCAUCACCGUCUUGAUUUCCGGAAAACCGCAACCAGUCAAGGACGCCAAGAAGAUGGUUCUCGCUAAUAUGACCCAACAGGGCUCCAUCGAUGUGCUUAUCCCCAAGGAACACCACCGAUUCAUCUUGGGCAAGGGCGCUGAGACUCUGAAAAAACUGGAAGCUGAAACUGGAACCAAGAUCACUGUGCCCAAGGCUGACGAGGCCGAGGGUGCACCCGUCAGGAUUACCGGUGCCAAGGACGCUAUGAAGGCUGCCAAGGCAAAGAUUGAACGAAUUUCGGCCGAACAAAUGGCUCGAUACCGUGCAACGUUUGAAUGUCCUAUUGAGUACCAACCAUUCAUCCGCGGCGGUAACGAUUCCAACCUGAACUCCCUGAAAACUCGCCACGGAAUUUUGGCGAUCGACGUUCCUCCUCCAAGCGCGGGUAAGACCGAGAUCGUUGUCCGUGGUCCUCAGAAGGGCGCGGUAGCUGCUGUUGCCGAGCUCAAAGCUAUGGUUCAACUCAAGUCCUCCAGGUGCACCACCCUCACCAUCAAAGUGGAAAAGAAGCAACAUCGAUUCGUUAUCGGACAACGUGGGAAGAGUAUCCAAGACAUUCUCGAAGAGCAUGGGGUCAUUGUCGAAGUUCCUCCCCAAGAUUCGAGCUCGGAAGAGAUCGUUCUUCGUGGUGAGCCCCAGGCUCUCGGAAAUGCGAUCACUGCCGUGUAUGGACUUGCUAGCUCCAAGCAGGACGCCUUCGUCGACGCUCCCGAGUGGAUGCACCGUCUCCUCAUCGGUAACAAAGGUGCCGCAAUCAAGGAAAUUACCGACAACUUUGGAUUCGAAAAAGUUCAAGUUGACUUCAAAAACGAAGACGGCAAAUGCGGUAUCGCUCUUGAGGGUUCUCCUUCCGAGCUAGAGGCUGUAAAGAAUGAGCUUCUCCGACGAAUCAAGGAAAUCAAGUCUACAACUUCUCACGAAGAGAUCGUUGUGAACCCCAAGUUCCAUCCCCAUCUCAUUGGAAAGGGCGGUUCCAACAUUUCUAAGCUCAAAGAGGAACAUAAAGUCAUCAUCAAAAUCCCCCAAGACUCAGAUAAAAAUACCAACAUCUGGAUCGAAGGGCCCCCCGCUGGAGUCAAGGCUGCUAAAGCUGCUCUUACUCAGUUGGCUAACAAGAUUGCCGACGAAGCUGCUGACAAGAUCAUCUUGAAGCGCCGAUUCCAUCGACAAAUCAUCGGCCAGGGUGGGGAGAACAUCAAGAAGCUCCGAGACCAGUUCCCUAACGUCAACAUCUCUAUCCCUGACGAAAACUCCAAGUCCGACGAGAUCGCCAUUCGCGGUCCAUCCAAAGAAUUGGCGAAAGCCAAGGAAGUUUUGAGCAAAAUGGCGAGGGAUAUUGAGGAGCGUGGUUUCCGCCUCGAAGUCCCCAUCCUUAAGCGAUUCCAUCGUAACAUUAUCGGUAAAAAUGGCUCGAACAUUACCCGAAUCCGAGAAGCCACCAACUGCCAAAUCGAACUACCCAAAGAAGAUACUGACUCCGAAAUAAUUACUAUCAUUGGCCGAAAAGCGGAUUGCGAAAAGGCUCAGCGAGAAAUCAGAAAGAUCGAGAAGGAGCUCGGCGAAAUCGAAGAGAUCACCGUCAAGAUCGAAACGAAACUUCAUCAGGCACUCAUCGGUGCUGGUGGAAAGGGAGUUAAAAACUUCAAGGUCACCAUCCGAGGCAAGCCUGAAGCCGUGAAGGCUGCUAAGAAGGCGUUGGAGGAAGAAGCCGGCCAGGUUCGACUCCAAUCUUUCACUGCAAAGGUUAACGCUGAUCCCUCUCUUCAUCGCUUCCUCAUCGGCAAGAAUGGUUCCAACAUCAAGGACAUCCGUGAUACUACUGGAUGCCGAAUCGCUGUUCCAGGCGCUAAUGAGGAAAAACAAGAUCAAAUCACAAUUCUUGGAACGAAGGAAGGCGUUGCCAAAGCAAAGGAAAUCCUUGAGAAGCGAAUCAAGGAGCUCGAAAGUAUCGAGGAGCACACUGUUGAUGUCCCCGAGAAGUACCACAAGAAUUUCACCGCUCGACGAGCGGAACUCAUUAAUAAAAUUUCCGAGGACUGCGGCGGUGUACAGAUCUCCUUUCCUCGAAAGCGAGAGGAAUCCGAAGAAGUCGACACCGUUGUUUCGGUCAAAGGACCCGGUAACUGUGUCAAAGCAGCAAUCGCCCAGAUUACCGAGGCUGUUGAAGACUUCGAAGCGCAAGUUACCAUUCAAUUUGACGUUGACAAGGCUUUCCAUCGAACAAUCAUCGGACAGGGUGGCAAGCAAGUCCAAGAGAUUCAAAGCGACUUUAACGUCAACAUCAAGUUCCCAGGACGUGACGAGCCCGAUGAUUGCAACACGAUCACUGUUUCUGGUCGAGAAGAGAAGGUAGAGGCCGCCAAGGCCGCUAUCAUCGCUCUUAUUCCAGUGACCUUCGAGUAUGAGCUUGCUGCUGACUACCACCGAGAUUUGAUCGGACAAGGAGGCUCUGGAUUGAAGGCGAUACAGUCAGAAUUCCCAUCUAUUAGAAUAACAGUUCCAAAGAGAGCUGAUGGUGAAGAACUGAAAGACUCCAUCACCCUCGUUGGAAAGCAAGAGGUCAUCGAUUCGGUUGUAGAGCUUCUCAAUGAGAAGAAGAAGGGAUGGGAAGCAGAUGCUGAAGAUCGAGCUCUCCGAAGCUACUCCGAGACCAUCGAUGUCCACCAAAUGUUCCAUCCAAAGAUCAUCGGACAAAAGGGCGCUGUUAUUAACAAGCUGCAAGCUGAGAUCAACGCUAGAAUUACUAUGCCCAGUGAUAAGAACAAGGAUCUUGCUGCUGACGAGAUCAGAAUUACCGGUUACGAAGCGGAGGUAGCAAAGAUGAAAGACGCCAUUAUGGACAUUGUCAAGGGUCUCGAAAGUCACGUGCAACAGGAUGUUCUCAUUAGCCAGUCCUGCCACAAGCGAAUCAUCGGUGCUCGUGGUUCCGGAGUUCGAAAAAUCAUGGGCGACUUUGAUGUCGAAAUAAAGUUCGGACGAUCCCAGGCUCAACCCGACAAGGUAACUGUCAUCGGCGCGGCCGAUAAGGUCGAAGAAUGCAUUGACCACUUGCUCAACCUCGAAGAAGAGAUCCUGCAAGAAAUCGCCGAAAGAUCUGAGGAAUCUCGCCUUCGUCCUCAACGAGUGGACCCAUUCGAGGUCAAGAGCUCAAAGAAGAAGGGUGGCAAUGCUGGCUUCAAGGUUGCCAACGCUCCAUGGGACUCUGGCUCCUCUUCUGACUUCCCUACCUUGGGCAACAACGCCGGCGCAGCGCCUAACGUCAACUGGCGACCAAAGCACUAA